CAUCUUCCCGGCGACGUACUAUCGGUGUGUGUCGCUUUGUCGCUUCAAUCAAGAAAGGAGCGGCAGUUCACCUCGUGUGUUCUUCACAACUCGCACGAUUGAUUUCAAAGUUGGAACUUCGUCCCAGGUCAACUUUUAACAAGCCGUAACUAUGGCUGACAAACUGGAAGACGUCAAAGCGCACAACGGCGGCGAGGACCCACUGCCCAACGGUUCGUCCCGCGACGUGGGGCGACCUCUCUCCCGACGUGUGAAGCGUAUUGUUAGGGACAAUCUCCUGGUAAUCUUGACCGUGGCGGGCGUUAUCAUCGGGGUCUUCAUCGGUCUCGGCGUGCGUAACGUGGAGCUUUCCCGCACCCAAAUCAUCUACAUCGGCUUCCCCGGCGAGCUGCUUAUCCGGCUCCUAAAGAUGAUUAUCAUCCCGUUGGUGGUGUGCAGUCUGGUCUCGGGGGCAGCCAGCAUCGACCCCAAAGCCCUGGGCAGGCUGGGCGGCUGGGCGAUGCUCUUCUUCCUGGUGACCACGUUGAUCGCUUCGGCUAUUGGCGUGGUAAUGGCGUUCAUCAUCAAGCCGGGCUCGGUGACUCUGACCAAACCUAAAGUGGCGGGCUUGGAUGACGGCGUGCCCGAAUCCAAAGAAGUCAUCGACUCCUUUUUAGACUUGAUUAGAAACAUCUUUCCCUCCAACUUGGUGUCGGCUGCCUUCCAGUCGUAUGCGACGAGCUACAAGCUGGUCAGCACAAAUAGCACAAAUGGAGUCCGUAACAUAACAGUGGAAAAGGUUCCCUUUGGCACCGACCAGGAUGGGAUGAAUAUUCUGGGUCUGGUGGUGUUUGCCAUUGUGUUCGGUGUGGCGUUGAGGAAGUUGGGGGAGGAAGGCGAGAUCUUGAUUAAGUUCUUCAACUCAUUCAAUGAAGCCACCAUGGUGCUGGUCUCGUGGAUCAUGUGGUAUGCCCCUGUCGGUAUCAUGUUCCUUGUUGCUGGCAAGAUUGUUGAGAUGGAGGACGUUGGUAUGUUAUUUGCCAGUCUGGGAAAGUAUAUAGCUUGCUGCGUUGUUGGGCACGCCAUCCACGGCCUCAUUGUGCUGCCCGGCAUCUACUUCGUCAUUACAAGGAAGAACCCGUUCACCUUCCUAUGGGGAAUAUUCACAGCUCUGGCCACAGCCUUUGGGACAUCCUCCAGCUCUGCCACGCUUCCACUUAUGAUGAAGUGCGUGGAAGAAAAUAACGGCAUCUCCAAGCAGAUCAGCCGCUUCAUCCUUCCCAUCGGCGCCACCGUCAACAUGGAUGGAGCCGCCCUCUUUCAGUGCGCGGCUGCCGUUUUCAUUGCACAGCUCAACGAUUAUCCUCUCAACUUCAUCCAAAUCGUUACCAUCCUCGUGACUGCCACAGCAUCCAGUGUUGGUGCAGCAGGAAUACCCGCUGGAGGGGUGUUGACCUUGGCUAUCAUCCUGGAGGCAGUCGGUUUGCCCACCAACGAUAUCUCCCUAAUCCUGGCAGUUGACUGGCUUGUUGACCGCACAUGCACAGUACUGAACGUGGAAGGCGACGCGUUUGGCGCAGGACUCCUGCAGUUUUUAGUAGACCGCACGUCCAGACGAGAGGAAAUCACGGACCUGGGCGAGGUCAACAGCAUCACGCGCCCGCCUGAACACUCGCCGCUCAUUGAGAUGAAAGGUGUCGACCAGACCGACAACAGAAACACCCAGCGGGGCUCUUUGGCCGAGUAAUGGAGGUGCGGAGAUCACACUACCGUGGAAACUGCUAAUAAACACGAUGGACCUCUACCCAUUUGAAAAAGUUUUGUGAACGCUGCCCGUUUACGAUUUUACGAAGUACAUCUUUACUUCAUAAAAUCGUAAACGGGCGCAUUCUGGUAUUUGGACAAUCCAUCAGGGAUAUAUGAAUGUUGAAGAGCAAUGAUUUCCUUAAUGAACUGUAUGUCCCAAAUAAUAAUAAUAGUAAUUUAUUGGAGGUUCUUCUAUUACAAUUUACAUCUCUCCUUUACUCUUGCGUCGCUGGCCCCGCGCAGGAUAACCAUCGAUGAUCAUGUUUUAAUUGAAGGUUUAUGGCAAAUGAGCAUUGGGAAGCUGCUUUUCUUUUCCAUCAUCUUCAUCCCUAACUGAUGUUUUUGAAAACUUUUUGAAAAUGUGUGAUAUGGUGUUUGUACUGUAGCGGUGACUAGGUCUAGCAUACGUAGUUUCCAUAUACUCCACUCAUAACAUUGGGAAUAUCUGUCCUUUAAAGGGGGAGUUUGCAGUUUUUAGCCUCACUUAACCAAUCGCUAGUCAGACCGAAGCUGUGCCUCUCACUGCAUGAAUGAGCACCAUUCUCAAAGACGGUGAUUCAUAAUGGUAUGCAUUAUAAAGGAAGUCACAAAAAAUGCUGUCCAUCUUCAAACAAGAUAGUGUCAAGAAGCCAUGUUAGCUUUUGUAGUGGAGGGGAUUUAUCCAUUUUCUGAUGGCCCUCCUUGGACGCAAGUUCUUUUUUUUGUUUCUCUAUAAGGUGAAAGAAGACCCAACACCACGUUGUCUUUUCUGCAGUUUAUCACAACACUAUACGAAUUGAUUCGGGCUCCUGAAAGUCUGAUUUCAUCAGGAAUCGAAGGAAAAAAUACAGUCUCACGUUUAUAUAGGCCAAGUAUGUUAAUGAGGAGCGUGUAGUCCUUCCCCUUAUGUAAAAAUCCAGACUUCCUCCUGUUGUGCGUAAAUCCCAAGAAACUUGACAGCCUUGAGGGACUCAGCAGAGAUGGGGGUGCGAAAGAAGACACUUGGGGGGCUGUUAAAUCACUCAAAGGGGAAUAGGAUAUAAACUUAACACUACAUUCUGUUUUAACAGAUGUUCAGUAAAGAGACUGGGAUCAAUAGUACUCAUAGCAAGGCGAAAAUCCGCCACAUCAGCAACACAGAUACUCAAGAUAAACAUCGAGGGGCACUAAAGGUGAUUGUAAUCACAGUGAGCAGUAAAUACCUUCAACAACAUUUUUUGUUUCUUUCAGAUAAAACUAACAGAGAGGAAUCAUUCCUUCACGCUAGCCAUGGUUGCUAUGUUAGUAGCAUGACUUCAGGGUAAUACAAGGUUACUAUUACACUAAAUAUGUUAGCAAACAAGGGAUGAGAAUUACAAUUAUUUUACAGAGUUAGAUAUUCCAAAUAGUUCCAGAAAAGAUCCCGAAUCCCAAGCUAGGAGGACAGUCGAGGCCGUGCGGGUCACUGGCAUGCCAGUUGAAGGCAAAUCUCUUGCGUCUGAUGUUUAUUCUUCCUCGGGUGCGCUGGUUACUAAAAAAAAAACUGCAAUCUCUCCCUGAAUGCUGGAUCCGUUGGACUGUUUAAAAUAAGUGAUUUUGUUUUUAUAGGAUGGGAAAUUCUCUCAAUGUUUUGAACUUUGUUUCGAGCCAUAGCGCAGUGGACGUAGCCCAUGUUUGACUCAACGUUUUUCAGAAUUAUGGAUACAUUUUUUGGCAUGUCUUUGCAUAUUGCUCUUAUUAAGGCAUGGUGGAACGAGAAUCACGAUUUUUGACCUGUGACCUCACUGUGACCUUCACUGACUUGUGAGUAGCAGAAUGGCGCCACACAAAAUAAUAUAGAACAGACGUUUAGCUAACUGUUGAUGUGAGUUAGCUCAACUUGUGUAAACCUGCACCACACACACACACACACACUUCUAUUUGUAUUGAAAAGGUUAACAAUUAGAAUUGUCAGGCCCAACAUGUUUCUGAGAGGAUUGAGGUGGAAAUAUCUCUCACACAGCACAAGAUAAUAGUUUAGGAUAAUCUUUUAAAGACAAUCAGUUGUCUGGGCUGAGCUGAAUUCGAUCAGAAGGGUACUAAAAAUGCUCAUAUUUGGCCUGAUUAUCGGCAGGUUGGUACCAUGCUUAAGACGACAAAAUUGUAGAAGAGUCAAUCAACAAUGUUUCACUUGUCUUCAGUCAAGUAGUGCACUCACUAGUGUAAAGAUGCAUUCGAUUUUUUUUUUGUCCUCAGAAUUAAGUCAUUUUCCUGUGCAUGGGGGAAAAAACGAACUAUAAUGCUAAUGCUCUCUUCUAUGAGCUAAUGUACCAAAGCCAAAACGCACAGUGGAUUACAAAAGUCAGAUGCCACUAUACCUCAAGUUGAACUCUUGCUUGCAGACUAUUUUUUUUCUAUUGAAGACCAAAAAAAUCCCAUUGAAUCACUUGGCGAGAUUGCUUAAUUCCUUUUUUUUUUUUUUUGCACAAAGGUUUUGUUGGCAUUAUUUAGUUAGUUAUCUCGCCCAAAGGUUUUACUCAAAUGAAUCAAAUAUCCAAAGACUUGUUCUUUCGUGUGCCACCUCAGAGCUGAUUAAUUUAUAUGCUAUAUGGUAAAUAUUAUUUGGUAUAAUUCAUGUUUAAUGAAUUUGGUAACUUCAACAAUCCAUGUCUACGAGUUGCUCCCAUUUGGUUCCAGGAACCCCACACCUCUGCUUUUUCUCGCGGUCUAUUACAAACAGGUUUUACAAGGGAGUGGCAAUCUCACAAGUUGUAGUCGAAUUCCUGUGGUUAUCUUUGAAAAUAUCAAAUCCAUUGACUAAUGAAACGGGAACUAAAUGAAAGGUCACAUUUCCCCAGUGUGGGACAAAUAAAGGUUAUCUUAUCUUACCUCUUAUCUUUAUGCUGUUACAAAUGUGCGGACGCUAUAGGUGCAGCCAAUACAAAGAACUCCAUUGUUUUAUAUUUUGAUGUCUACAUAUGGGGAGAGGGUAAUGAAGUAUUUUCAGCUGGAAGCAAUAAAAAAAAAAUU